AUGAUCCCGCGGAGCGAAACCUCCAGCCUCGAUCGUCACGACCGCAUGCAGUUCAGACAAAAAUGGUAUCUGAUGUGCAAAGCUGAAAACUCAGCAGGAUGGGAAAGAAGGAAGGAGGGGACCCUCGUCUUGGAACAGGGCAGCCCCUGUUACUGCAAAUGGGAGAGUGUGAGAGGCUGGACUGGACACGUCAAGUCACCCCAGCCUUUGCAGGACACAGCUGUCUUCCGACCAGA